CAUGCACAUCCAUCUUCAGAAGGCGUGUGAUGGGGUGGCAAUUAAUGUACCAAGCAACAUCAUAAAUUGUAGCUUCUGUCCUUUCCCUUCCCCCCCUCCUCAAACAAAGUUCAGAUCUGUUCAGUUCGAGUCCAGCCAUGAAGAACAAGAGCGCAGCAACGGCCUUGGUCCUACUUCUCCUGACCUUCGGAGCCGAGGUGAAGGGAUCCUGCAAUAAGGCGGCAUGCAACCUUGCUUGCAUGAGGAUGGGCUACCAAUAUGGCGGCCGCUGCGUUGGCACCUUCCUUAGACGAUACUGCAAGUGCAGAAGUUUUUGGAAAGAUGUUGAUGAUGCUAGGGUUGGAGCAGAACAAGGUGGUGACGAUGGAGGUAAAGCCCCACCGCCCCAAUAUGGCCUCGGGGAGGAUGAGUUGGCGACGUUCAUGGUGAUGGCCCGGAGAGGUAGAGGCCAUGUGUGAAGAGAGAUGAGAAGUGCCAGCUCAUUGAUUAGUCGUGCAACCACAUGUUUGUGUGUCAUUGGGUGCUACUUGUACAUGCCAAUUGGCAACAUGAUCUUGAUGAGUUGAUGAAAAUAAAGAAA